AUGUCAUGGUGCCCUCCGUACCGUAGUUCUAAGUUCCGUCACGUCUACGGUAAGGCCUCCACCAAAGACCACGGUUACCACGGAAUCCCGAUCACACACAGCGUCCACGACAACCACUACUGCUCCGUCAACCCACGCUUCAUUGCCAUAGUAACGGAAUGCUCCGGGGGCGGGGCAUUCUUGGUCCUCUCCAUCCAUCACGUACGUUACCGGGGGGAGGGGCUAAACGAGGGGUACUCAACUACUAUUUGAAAAGGUCCACUGACACAUUCCCCAGGUGGCAAAGGUCCGGAUGGAGAUGGUCCUUUAUCGGCGCUGUGGGUCAGCGUAGUAACAAACAUAGUGGACUACGACUUAGGAGACAUGUUGUUAUAUAAAAUGUACAUUAAAUACAUUAAAUGAGGCUAAGAAUUGAAUUAAUUACAACUUAUUUCGAUUGUAAACGUGCAACAUUGCAUCAACAUUGCUGAAGAACAAAAGCGGUUGCAUAAUUGUCUAUGCAACAAAAAAAAAGUGCACUGUGAACCAUUGUACAUGGGGCCUUUGAAAAAUAAUACAAAUCAUGACUUGCCCUGCAGUAAUGAGAGAAAUUACACUUUCUGACUCCUGCCAACGCUUUGAACUUUGGCACAAAUGGCGUGAGAGCAACUCUGAGACACUGGUGCAGGUGUUCAUUGGUGAGCCUGGUGCAGUAUUUGUUUUUAAUAAAGAGAAGGCUGAUUCCACAGCUGUCUGUGGAGCCAAACGUGGUCAGGAUGUGUAGCGGCAGUUUAUUGAGAACAGGGACAUCCGCUGCAGGCGCCAUCUUUCCCCAGAAAGGGACAGGGUCACGAUCACCAGCCGGCUCCUUCAGAGCCAAUCACCAGCCUGCUCCUUCAGAGCCAAUCACCAGCCUGCUCCUUCAGAGCCAAUCACCAGCCUGCUCCUUCAAAGCCACGUUUUCUUCCCUGAGCUCAUCUUUUUGUUUACCUUCAAGCAAGGUGUCAGCAACUUCACACAUGCGUUAUUUUUACCAUCUCAGCGUUUUUUUUGUGUGUUUUACAAAAACCCUAGCUAUCCUCAGUGAACACUCCAUUGCACUUUGUUGGGCUGUCAGGGAAUUGACAAGGACUUUGGUGGACGUCUCAUAUUGGGAUUUGAGUUGGUUAAUCUUGUUUGUUCUCACCUCCUUGUUCAGGGGAUCCGUCUGAUCCAGUUUACUAUGCCUGGUGUCAUAAUGGUGUUUAACAUGGCCACUUUUCACCAGAGAUACGGACUCCCUGCAUUUCAGGCACGUUGGUUUUGUGCUAGUUGCGGGGAGAAUUAAUAAAUAAAUACUGUUUCGGCCACUCGUCUUUGAAUAUACGGUUUUCAGAGUAAACUCUUUUUUUUUUUUUUUUUUACACGCCAUAUUAACAAAGAACGAGUUUAGUUAUCAGUAUCUAUCUGUGCUAUUUACAAUUGAACCGCUGUCAAAUCUUUCUGAUUAUUUCUGCCCGCUUGUCUCAAGGUCCCGCCAAGGAUAUUUACAUUAAUGUGAUUGGGUAAGACGCGGCCUCUUGUAUUUGCAUAUAACCACGCCAUUGGAUUAGACCGCGAGGUUGCUGAAUUAGAGGCAGCUGCGCCCGGUUGAUAUAUAUAUAUAUAUUUUUUAAACAGUCUAAAAAUAAUGUAUUUUAUAUAACAAAAUGCAAUGUUGUCUGGAUUUACCCUUCUCUGGGUCCGGACCUGCAGUUUAGUUUGGCUGAGCUACACAAUCUAGCUACUUCUCUCUCCUUACUGGCCUGAUAUUGGCUACACUAAAUUACUCAGGAGCGAAGGACACCCUGUGUUGUUGUGUUGCCAGCGCCAACUCUCUCCAUUGAGCAGUAGACUGUUUCAUGGUGACAUCCAGAUGGUUACCACCAAUAUUACAAAUUAAUUUCUCUUGUAGACUGCUAUCGUACUCGACAUACUGUAUAAUCAAGUGGGAUGGGACACAUUUGCCACGUUAGCUACCGCCAGCGACAUGUGAUAAAGCUGCCCGGUGAAGCAACUGCUGCCCAGUGGGAAGCACCUCGAUACAACACCGUUGUACUGGUCAUUCACACCAGCUUGUCGUUGCGUUAGCUCAUUGGCAUGUCAUGGUGACAUCCGAUUUCGUAUGGUGACCAAUACUCCUACAAGUUAUUUCUCCAUUGCCCAUCGAAAAUAAACAUCACAAGUUUUAACUUGCACCCAGCUGUUUUUGUUGCCAGUUAGCUAAACUAGCUAGCUGGGAAGGGCUCGGUCCUUGCUAUCUGGUAUACUUGGGACGUCCCUACCCUGUUGAAAUGUAAAAUGAUUAGGGCAGAGGUUAGUGUCAUAUAAAUAAGAAUGAAUUGAAAGGGCUUCUCCAUUCAAGUCAAUGAUGGCAUAGUGGGUGGACUGGCAGCCAUUUUCAGUGUAUAAUAAUAAUAUAAUAUAAUAUAAUAAUAAUAAUAUAAUAAUGAUAAUAUAAUGUACAGUGUACCCUGGCAGGAAGUAAAAGCAGGAAGUGUACCCUUCAAUCUGUGCUGUGAUUUGUUGAGUGAAUUCAACUGACAGUUACAACAACAAAAAAUACAUUCCAUUGCAAGAGACACAUCAGUUAGUAUCAUUUGAAUGAACAUUCAACAUUACCAUGGCAAUCCAGCAUCAGUAUACUAUACGCUGAUAUACAAUACCAGGCAGCCAUUUGUGAGUGUACCAAUGAGUUCACCAGUCAAAUUGCCAGGGUUGGAGCUUCCAAGCCCGUUCUAUUCAUUCUGUGCUCGUCAGGACAACCAAAGAUGAUGGAUAUACUGACAAGAGACACGCCUCUUCUCCCUUCUCGUUGCCCACUAAGCGGUACGUCGGGCUGUCUAGUUCCUGCCUGUCCUUGUUUUUGGGAUGGUGAAUCCAUCUCAUUAUUGUAAUCCAUUCGUCUCUACCCGGCUCUCAGCAGCGCAACAUACGUCAUCAAUUUGUGCUCCAGGUGUGUCUGUAUAACCAGACAGGAAGAGGAGGGAGAGAGGUCUGACUCGGCUGAAAAUCUGUCUCCCUCCACCAGGUGGCGUUUUUUUUUCUCCCGUUGUUUCGCCCACCAAGCAAGGAGUUUUUUGUAUAUAAUAUGCCAUUUAGCAGACGCUUUUAUCCAAAGCGACUUACAGUCACGUGUGCAUACAUUUUUACGUAUGUAUGAAGGUCAAUGAGAUUUAUUUAGUAUUUGGUCAACAACAAAAAAUGGCUUAUUUGCUACGUGAGGUUUAUUUGAUCGAAUAGAAGUUUCGUAACACUUAAGUUGUUACGAGCGUACUGAUAUAAGUAGGAAACGUGACAUCCCCGGGCAACUUUGAGGGGAAAAAAAACACUUUAAAUCAGAGUUCGUCUCGAGAUGGCUAUGCAUAUUCAUGUCAUGAGGCUAGUAGCAUAGCAUCGCUCUCAAUUGAAUACAGCCGGUUGACGUCAACAACCCUAAUCGAAUAUUCAAAAAAAAUUAUUACAAUAAUGAGAUGUAUCCACCAAUCCAAAGAAAGGAUAGGCGGGUGCUAGACAGCCCGCUGUGCCGAUUUGUGGACAACGACUGCCAUUGUUAGGGCGGAGAGACAUGUGUCUUGUCUGUGUAUCCAUAAUCUUUGGUAUAGCCUCUCCCACGUUGCUGAGUGACCUCACUUCCUGUUUAUGUAAUUUCCUGUUUACACCACUUCCUCCUGUAAGAGGAUUUUUACUGGUCUGAUUUGGUCGUGUGUGUGUGUGUGUGUGUGUGUGUGUGUGUGUUUUCAUUAUUGCUUGACAAGCCUAGUGAACGCAUUAUACACCAUAUAUCCUCUCUCUUCCUCUUCUUUCCCCUGGCCUUCUUCUCCUUCUUCCCAGACUGGUAGAGUAGACCCCCACCACCCCAGGGUGUGUGGUCACAGUGCCAGGGUGUUGGAUGUCAAGUGGAACCCUUUUGAUGACCACUGCAUCGCCUCCUGCUCUGAAGACUGCACCGUCAGUACUACAGAUAUACACCCACAGUAGUCGUUUUGUACACACUAUACAAACACAGUAGUCGUUAGUACACACUAGAUGUAACAGUACUCUUCUUGCGUUGUGUACAAUCAGUCAUCAACACGAACUCCAUCUUGUAACACCAGUCAUGGAGCUUUAUUCUGAUAGGAACAGCACAACAUUGCACGUCAUGCAAUGCACGGCUCGCCAUCCAACUCUGCACUCACGCACUGUACAAAAUAUACAACCCCCCCCACCAGACACAGUAAAGUUGCUAGCCAGUAUUAGCUGGAAUUCUCUACAACAAAAUGCACAACAAAUAUUCACCAAAAAAAACACUGCAUCUUAUGUGUGAUGUUCGAAUAACAUUUACAAACAAAUUGAUAUAAAUUAUACAUUUACAUCAUCACUUGGGAGUAUAAAAAUCAGUUUCGACGUAUAGUGCUUUGCAACCAACAACUUACCGCUGGCUUGGUGCUUGUUCGCUGGGACGAUUCUAACUGAAACAUCCUCCCUCGUUAGCAAGCUACGCAAACCAGCCAAUAAGAUGCCAUGUUGAGUAGGCGAAGGCAAGACAAAACCAAAAACCCAUUGGCUUAACCAUAAAGUGGCAAGGGGAAUCACCAAUAUAACCCUGUUCCAUAGACGCUGAUAUACAGCCACAGGAGUCGUUAGUGCACACUACAUUUUAGUGUGUGUGUGUGUGCGUGUUGACAUUUGUUGUGUGUGUGUGUGUGUUGUAGGGAUGUCCCCGACUGGAAAAAAAAAUAUUGGUCGACCGAAAGUUGUCUGUUCUUUCGACCAAUCGAUUGCUAAAAAAUUUUUAACGUGUAUUUUUCCACAUAUAGACAUACCCUAUGAAUUUUAAUAAAAUCAACUAUAUGCAUUGAGCUUUAAGCUUAAGGUUUGAUGCCCCGAGGGCACCAGAGAUCUAGAGAACCAGAAGAAGAAAAAACUUAACCUGACCCAACUAUUCUCCUCCCGCUCCUGCUGGCUUUCACAGAUUCUGCCGUUACUCUCCGGAAGUUUCCGGUAGUAGGCUACACGAGGAGUCGGCAACCUUUCUCAUGUGGAAUGCCAAUUUAUCUUACCAUUUCUACCGAUCUGCGUGUCAGUUAUGGUUUUCAUAUGCACAUUUUUUGUGAAACAGUUUCAUUUAAUUGAUAAUAACGUCUUCAUAUCUCUAAAUCAUUGUAAUGUGGUUAAUCAAAAUUCUAUCCAAAUCUAAAUGAAAAUGAUACAAACCUAAAAAGUAACUUCUACUUCCAUUGCCAAUUAUGUAAAAAUAGUCUACAUAAAGACAACAAAUAAAGCCAACAAAUAUUUGCAGUUAGAAAAUAUCCUGAUUUGAAAGAUAAAUAUCAUAUAAAUCACAUUGGUUACACAUGGCCUGUCUGCAACGAACUUGAAACAUUGUAUCUACUGGGUCCAGCCCAACGAACUUGAAACAUUGUAUCAACUGGGUCCAGCCCAACGAACUUGAAACAUUGUAUCAACUAUCAACUGGGUCCAGCCCAACAAACUUGAAACAUUGUAUCAACUAUCAACUGGGUCCAGCCCAACAAACUUGAAACAUUGUAUCAACUAUCAACUGGGUCCAGCCCAACGAACUUGAAACAUUGUAUCAACUAUCAACUGGGUCCAGCCCAACGAACUUGAAACAUUGUAUCAACUGGGUCCAGCCCAAGGCUUGUGCUAGAAAACUUGCAACAUUGUAUCAAAUAUUCUGGGCCCUCAGAGUUUCCUGUCAGCGAGCCUGGGACAGACACAGGUGUAGGCUAUUUGAGCAAGGGAUAAGAAGCAGGAGCUGACCGGAGCUGAGUACCGGCACCUCAAAUGUUCUACCUCUUGAGCUCCUGUUCCUCUUAUAGAAUAUUAGCUCAAAAGUAUUGUGGAGCUCCUGCACGUAAAUAUAAAAACAGUACCAGCACCCAAAAUGAGUACCGGAACCUAUUUCAGUCAGGCACUGAUAAUAAGCCUAUUUUAAUGACGUUUCCACUGGAUCAGAGCAUGACAUUUUUUUCCCCCUUUAACGCUGAGUGGUUCUCGAAACGGAGAGAGCUGGAAAGAUUUUUUCAAAUAUGUCGAGGAACGAUUGUUAUUCUCAAUGGAUGAAAAAAAAAAAAAAAAAGACUUUGUUUGCUUGCUGUUUUGAGGUGAAGAAAACAUUACUUUGAGAAGUUCCACAGGUCAUUAGUGGUGGUGAGUUAAGCCAAUCAGAAAUACUAUCAGAUCCCCAAACGGGCACAUUGAUAUGCCUACAUUAGCCUAUAGGCUACCUGGCCUGCGCGUCCUUUACUCAACAUUGACAGGAGUGCUCCAAACAAAAGACGAUUAAUCCAUUGACAGAACUCGUAAAUGUAAUGAAAUAAUACCAAAACUUGUUUCUCACAAGUGUAGCCUGAAUUGUGUACUCUGCAAACAACGUGUCCCACUCAGACAAUGAGAACAGGAAGACUGGAAUAAUAUUGAAUGCAUUAAAUGAAAUGACCGUAACCAAAGUUUUUAAAAAACGUUGUAGAUUAGAAAUUAUAGGAAUUAAUGGUAAGUGUACUACUGGUGAUAUAUGUCAUGGGGAAUUGAUAUACACUAACAAUCAAACGCAAACAAUCCACACAGUGAAGUUAUGAAACAAUGAACGUGCGCAAAUUGGCGGGAGAGAGAAGUGCAUUCUGGAGAGAGAAGUGCAUUCUGGCAUCCGACGUCUGCAUUGGCCAUGCAUCAUUUACGGUGAUAUGGCUUCAGCAAUUGCGUCACACCCUCCAAAAUGGAGCCUCUGACCACAUUUUAGAAUCAAGCAUAAAUUGGCUUUUAGUCUAGGCCUCCAAAAUGGAUUAGUUCACUGAGAUGGGCGCUCGACUAAAACAAUCUCGGUCGACCAACAGCAUAACAACCAAACAAUCGACCAGUUGACUAAUUGGGGUCAGCCCUAGUGUGUUGACAUGCGUUGUGUGUGUGUGUGUGUGUGUGUGUGCGUGACCCGUGUGUGUGUGUGUGUGUGUGUGUGUGUGUGUGUGUGCGUGACCCGUGUGUGUGUGUGUGUGUGUGUGUGUGUGUGUGUGUGUGUGCGUGACCCGUGUGUGUGUGUGUGUGUGUGUGUGUGUGUGUGUGCGUGACCCGUGUGUGUGUGUGUGUGUGUGUGUGUGUGUGUGUGUGUGUGUGCACGUGACCCGUGUGUGUGUGUGUGUGUGUGUGUUGCAGGUAAAGCUAUGGGACAUCCCAGCCCGUGGUGUCCAUCAGAACAUGACCCUCCCUAGGAAGGAGCUUCAGGGUCACACCCGCAGAGUCAACCUCAUAGAAUGGCACCCUACUGCUAAAGACCUACUGGUCAGCUCAGCCUACGACUAUAAGGUAGAAACAGACACACAUAUCUGAAAAGACAAAAACACACACACGCGCUGUCUCUGUUCUCUCUCUCAUUCUCUCUCUCUCUCUCUCUCUCUCUGUCUCUGUCUCUGUCUCUCUCUCUCUCUCUCUGUCUCUCUCUCUGUCUCUGUCUCUGUCUCUCUCUCUCUCUCUCUCUCUCUCUCUCUCUCUCUCUCUCUCUCUCUCUCUCUCUCUCUCUCUCUCUCUCUCUCUCUCUCUCUCUCUCUCUCCUCUCUCUCUCUCUCUCUCUCUCUCUCUCUCUCUCUCUCUCUCUCUCUCCUCUCUCUCUCUCUCUCUCUCUCUCUCUCUGUCUCUGUCUCUGUCUCUGUCUCUCUCCUCCCCUCCCUCCCCCCAGGUGAUGGUCUGGGAUGUGUCAGUGUGUGGCUCAGUGCUGAGGAACCCAGUACGUGUAAUAUCUCUUCACUCCGAGCUGGUUCUCUCCAUGUCCUUCAACAACGACGGCAGCUCUUUAGCUACCACCAGCCUGGACAGGAAGAUCAGAGUCCUAGACCCACGCACUGGACGCCUCAUACAGGUCUGUGUUGGGGGCUGGUAAAAGUCCCGGUAAUUUUCUGGAAAUUAACUGGUAAUUUUGGAAAUCUAUGGAUAUGUUGUUAAUUUAUAUUAAAAUGAUUUGUGUUGAAAAUGAAUCAUUUUUUUAUUUGUUCAUAUUCUUUAUGUGUCCAUGUCCUUGAGUGUCUAAUAGAUGGUGCAGGAGGAUAUGACCAAUUAAUGACUAAAAUAUCUAUUCAAGAAUGAUCAUAGGGGCUAGGCCAUCUUUCCAACUCUAUCUUUAACAUUAGUGUGUGUCUGUCUGUGUGUGUGUGUGUGUGUGUGUGUGUGUGUCUGUGUGUGUCUGUGUGUGUCUCUGUGUCUGUGUGUGUGUGUAUAUGUGUGUGUCUGUGUGUGUGUAGGUGUCCAGCUAUAAACACCAUAGGGCCAGUAAGGUGGUGUUUAUAGGAGACCAGAACAUGCUGUUUUCUACUGGGAGCUCACCAUGGAACCAAAGACAGAUCACACUAUGGGAUCCGGUGAGAGAGGCGCACACACACACACACACAUACAUAUACACACACACACGUCCACAUACACACACACAUCCGCACAUACACACACACGUCCGCACACACACACACACACACACACACACACACACACAUCCGCACAUACACACACACAUCCGCACAUACACACACACGUCCGCACACACACACACACACAUCCGCACAUACACACACACAUCCGCACAUACACACACACGUCCGCACACACACACACACACACACACAUCCGCACAUACACACACACAUCCGCACAUACACACACACGUCCGUAUAUACACACAUACACACACACGUCCACACACACACACACACAUCCGCACAUACACACACACGUCCGUAUAUACACACACACACACACACGUCCGCACACACACACCAGUCAAUGUUUUCUGUUUGCCGUGCAGGAUGACCUGUCAGAGCCUCUAUUAGAGGAGGAGGUGGAUGGAGCUGCAGGAGUUCUCUUCCCAUUCUACGACCCUGAUACACACAUACUGUACCUGGCUGGCAAGGUAAUCCAUAUAUCAUCCUUGACUAUGACCCUGAUACACACAUACUGUACCUGGCUGGCAAGGUAAUCAAUACUGAUCAAUCACUCGCUAGACCUGAUCACACAACUGUGCUGCAGGUAAUCAAUACUGAUCAAUCACUCUGCUAUGACCCGAUACACACAUACUGUACCUGUGGCAAGUAAAUACUGAUCAAUCACUCUGCUAUGACACUACUGUACUGCUGCAGUAUCAUACGAUCACCAUGACCCUGAACACACAUACUGUACCUGGCGGCAAGUAAUCAAUACUGAUCAAUCACUCUGCUAUGACCGUGAUGCACACAUACUGUCCCUGUCUGGCAGGUAAUCUACUGAUCAAUCACUCCUGCUAUGACCCCGAUACACACAUACUGUACCUGGCUGGCAAGGUAAUCAAUACUGAUCAAUCACUCUGCUAUGACCCUGAUACACACAUACUGUACCUGGCUGGCAAGGUAAUCAAUACUGAUCAAUCACUCUGCUAUGACCCCGAUACACACAUACUGUACCUGGCUGGCAAGGUAAUCAAUACUGAUCAAUCACUCUGGCUAUGACCCUGAUACACACAUACUGACCUGGCUGGCAAGGUAAUCAAUACUGAUCAAUCACUCUGCUACGACCCCGAUACACACAUACUGUAACCUGGCUGGCAAGGUAAUCAAUACUGAUCAAUCACUCCUGCUAUGACCCCGAUACACACAUACUUGUACCUGGGCUGGCAAGGUAAUCAAUACUGAUCAAUCACUCUGCUAUGACCCUGAUACACACAUACUGUACCUGGCUGGCAAGGUAAUCAAUACUGAUCAAUCACUCUGCUAUGACCGUGAUACACACAUACUGUACCUGGCUGGCAAGGUAAUCAAUACUGAUCAAUCACCUCUGCUAUGACCCUGAUACACACAUACUGUACCUGGCUGGCAAGGUAAUCAAUACUGAUCAAUCACUCUGCUAUGACCGUGAUACACACAUACUGUACCUGGCUGGCAAGGUAAUCAAUACUGAUCAAUCACUCUGCUAUGACCGUGAUGCACACAUACUGUACCUGGCUGGCAAGGUAAUCAAUACUGAUCAAUCACUCUGCUAUGACCCUGAUACACACAUACUGUAACCUGGCUGGCAAGGUAAUCAAUACUGAUCAAUCACUCUGCUAUGACCGUGAUGCACACAUACUGUACCUGGCUGGCAAGGUAAUCAAUACUGAUCAAUCACUCUGCUAUGACCCUGAUACACACAUACUGUACCUGGCUGGCAAGGUAAUCAAUACUGAUCAAUCACUCUGCUAUGACCGUGAUACACACAUACUGUACCUGGCUGGCAAGGUAAUCAAUACUGAUCAAUCACUCUGCUAUGACCCUGAUACACACAUACUGUACCUGGCUGGCAAGGUAAUCAAUACUGAUCAAUCACUCUGCUAUGACCGUGAUACACACAUACUGUACCUGGCUGGCCAUGUAAUCAAUACUGAUCAAUCACUCUGCUAUGACCGUGAUGCACACAUACUGUACCUGGCUGGCAAGGUAAUCAAUACUGAUCAAUCACUCUGCUAUGACCCUGAUACACACAUACUGUACCUGGCUGGCAAGGUAAUCAAUACUGAUCAAUCACUCUGCUAUGACCGUGAUGCACACCAUACUGUACCUGGCUGGCAAGGUAAUCAAUACUGAUCAAUCACUCUGCUAUGACCCCGAUACACACAUACUGUACCUGGCUGGCAAGGUAAUCAAUACUGAUCAAUCACUCUGCUAUGACCCCGAUACACACAUACUGUACCUGGCUGGCAAGGUAAUCAAUACUGAUCAAUCACUCUGCUAUGACCCUGAUACACACAUACUGUACCUGGCUGGCAAGGUAAUCAAUACUGAUCAAUCACUCUGCUAUGACCCUGAUACACACAUACUGUACCUGGCUGGCAAGGUAAUCAAUACUGAUCAAUCACUCUGCUAUGACCCUGAUACACACAUACUGUACCUGGCUGGCAAGGUAAUCAAUACUGAUCAAUCACUCUGCUAUGACCGUGAUACACACAUACUGUACCUGGCUGGCAAGGUAAUCAAUACUGAUCAAUCACUCUGCUAUGACCCUGAUACACACAUACUGUACCUGGCUGGCAAGGUAAUCAAUACUGAUCAAUCACUCUGCUAUGACCGUGAUGCACACAUACUGUACCUGGCUGGCAAGGUAAUCAAUACUGAUCAAUCACUCUGCUAUGACCCCGAUACACACAUACUGUACCUGGCUGGCAAGGUAAUCAAUACUGAUCAAUCACUCUGCUAUGACCCUGAUACACACAUACUGUACCUGGCUGGCAAGGUAAUCAAUACUGAUCAAUCACUCUGCUAUGACCCCGAUACACACAUACUGUACCUGGCUGGCAAGGUAAUCAAUACUGAUCAAUCACUCUGCUAUGACCCUGAUACACACAUACUGUACCUGGCUGGCAAGGUAAUCAAUACUGAUCAAUCACUCUGCUACGACCCCGAUACACACAUACUGUACCUGGCUGGCAAGGUAAUCAAUACUGAUCAAUCACUCUGCUAUGACCCCGAUACACACAUACUGUACCUGGCUGGCAAGGUAAUCAAUACUGAUCAAUCACUCUGCUAUGACCCUGAUACACACAUACUGUACCUGGCUGGCAAGGUAAUCAAUACUGAUCAAUCACUCUGCUAUGACCCGUGAUACACACAUACUGUACCUGGCUGGCAAGGUAAUCAAUACUGAUCAAUCACUCUGCUAUGACCCUGAUACACACAUACUGUACCUGGCUGGCAAGGUAAUCAAUACUGAUCAAUCACUCUGCUAUGACCCGUGAUACACACAUACUGUACCUGGCUGGCAAGGUAAUCAAUACUGAUCAAUCACUCUGCUAUGACCCUGAUACACACAUACUGUACCUGGCUGGCAAGGUAAUCAAUACUGAUCAUCACUCUGCUAUGACCCUGAUACACACAUACUGUACCUGGCUGGCAAGGUAAUCAAUACUGAUCAAUCACUCUGCUAUGACCUGAUACACACAUACUGUACCUGGCUGGCAAGGAAUCAAUACUGAUCAAUCACUUUGCUAUGACCCUGAUACCACAUACUGUACCUGGCUGGCAAGGUAAUCAAUACUGAUCAAUCACUCUGCUAUGACCGUGACACACAUACUGUACCUGGCUGGCAAGGUAAUCAAUACUGAUCAAUCACUCUGCUAUGACCCUGAUACACACAUACUGUACCUGGCUGGCAAGGUAAUCAAUACUGAUCAAUCACUCUGCUAUGACCGUGAUGCACACAUACUGUACCUGGCUGGCAAGGUAAUCAAUACUGAUCAAUCACUCUGCUAUGACCCGAUACACACAUACUGUACCUGGCUGGCAAGGUAAUCAAUACUGAUCAAUCACUCUGCUAUGACCCUGAUACACACAUACUGUACCUGGCUGGCAAGGGUAAUCAAUACUGAUCAAUCACUCUGCUAUGACCCCGAUACACACAUACUGUACCUGGCUGGCAAGGUAAUCAAUACUGAUCAAUCACUCUGCUAUGACCCUGAUACACACAUACUGUACCUGGCUGGCAAGGUAAUCAAUACUGAUCAAUCACUCUGCUACGACCCCGAUACACACAUACUGUACCUGGCUGGCAAGGUAAUCAAUACUGAUCAAUCACUCUGCUAUGACCCGAUACACACAUACUGUACCUGGCUGGCAGGUAAUCAAUACUGAUCAUCACUCUGCUAUGACCCUGAUACACACAUACUGUACCUGGCUGGCAAGGUAAUCAAUACUGAUCAAUCACUCUGCUAUGACCGUGAUACACACAUACUGUACCUGGCUGGCAAGGUAAUCAAUACUGAUCAAUCACUCUGCUAUGACCCUGAUACACACAUAUGUACCUGGCUGGCAAGGUAUCAAUACUGAUCAAUCACUCUGCUAUGACCGUGAUACACACAUACUGUACCUGGCUGGCAAGGUAUCAAUACUGAUCAAUCACUCUGCUAUGACCGUGAUGCACACAUACUGUACCUGGCUGGCAAGGUAAUCAAUACUGAUCAAUCACUCUGCUAUGACCCUGAUACACACAUACUGUACCUGGCUGGCAAGGUAAUCAAUACUGAUCAAUCACUCUGCUAUGACCGUGAUGCACACAUACUGUACCUGGCUGGCAAGGUAAUCAAUACUGAUCAAUCACUCUGCUAUGACCCCGAUACACACAUACUGUACCUGGCUGGCAAGGUAAUCAAUACUGAUCAAUCACUCUGCUAUGACCCCGAUACACACAUACUGUACCUGGCUGGCAAGGUAAUCAAUACUGAUCAAUCACUCUGCUAUGACCGUGAUACACACAUACUGUACCUGGCUGGCAAGGUAAUCAAUACUGAUCAAUCACUCUGCUAUGACCGUGAUACACACAUACUGUACCUGGCUGGCAAGGUAAUCAAUACUGAUCAAUCACUCUGCUAUGACCGUGAUGCACACAUACUGUACCUGGCUGGCAAGGUAAUCAAUACUGAUCAAUCACUCUGCUAUGACCGUGAUGCACACAUACUGUACCUGGCUGGCAAGGUAAUCAAUACUGAUCAAUCACUCUGCUAUGACCGUGAUACACACAUACUGUACCUGGCUGGCAAGGUAAUCAAUACUGAUCAAUCACUCUGCUAUGACCCUGAUACACACAUACUGUACCUGGCUGGCAAGGUAAUCAAUACUGAUCAAUCACUCUGCUAUGACCCCGAUACACACAUACUGUACCUGGCUGGCAAGGUAAUCAAUACUGAUCAAUCACUCUGCUAUGACCGUGAUGCACACAUACUGUACCUGGCUGGCAAGGUAAUCAAUACUGAUCAAUCACUCUGCUAUGACCCCGAUACACACAUACUGUACCUGGCUGGCAAGGUAAUCAAUACUGAUCAAUCACUCUGCUAUGACCCCGAUACACACAUACUGUACCUGGCUGGCAAGGUAAUCAAUACUGAUCAAUCACUCUGCUAUGACCGUGAUACACACAUACUGUACCUGGCUGGCAAGGUAAUCAAUACUGAUCAAUCACUCUGCUAUGACCGUGAUACACACAUACUGUACCUGGCUGGCAAGGUAAUCAAUACUGAUCAAUCACUCUGCUAUGACCGUGAUGCACACAUACUGUACCUGGCUGGCAAGGUAAUCAAUACUGAUCAAUCACUCUGCUAUGACCCUGAUACACACAUACUGUACCUGGCUGGCAAGGUAAUCAAUACUGAUCAAUCACUCUGCUAUGACCCCGAUACACACAUACUGUACCUGGCUGGCAAGGUAAUCAAUACUGAUCAAUCACUCUGCUAUGACCCUGAUACACACAUACUGUACCUGGCUGGCAAGGUAAUCAAUACUGAUCAAUCACUCUGCUAUGACCGUGAUACACACAUACUGUACCUGGCUGGCAAGGUAAUCAAUACUGAUCAAUCACUCUGCUAUGACCGUGAUGCACACAUACUGUACCUGGCUGGCAAGGUAAUCAAUACUGAUCAAUCACUCUGCUAUGACCCUGAUACACACAUACUGUACCUGGCUGGCAAGGUAAUCAAUACUGAUCAAUCACUCUGCUAUGACCGUGAUGCACACAUACUGUACCUGGCUGGCAAGGUAAUCAAUACUGAUCAAUCACUCUGCUAUGACCCCGAUACACACAUACUGUACCUGGCUGGCAAGGUAAUCAAUACUGAUCAAUCACUCUGCUAUGACCCCGAUACACACAUACUGUACCUGGCUGGCAAGGUAAUCAAUACUGAUCAAUCACUCUGCUAUGACCGUGAUACACACAUACUGUACCUGGCUGGCAAGGUAAUCAAUACUGAUCAAUCACUCUGCUAUGACCCUGAUACACACAUACUGUACCUGGCUGGCAAGGUAAUCAAUACUGAUCAAUCACUCUGCUAUGACCCUGAUACACACAUACUGUACCUGGCUGGCAAGGUAAUCAAUACUGAUCAAUCACUCUGCUAUGACCGUGAUACACACAUACUGUACCUGGCUGGCAAGGUAAUCAAUACUGAUCAAUCACUCUGCUAUGACCGUGAUGCACACAUACUGUACCUGGCUGGCAAGGUAAUCAAUACUGAUCAAUCACUCUGCCAUGACCGUGAUGCACACAUACUGUACCUGGCUGGCAAGGUAAUCAAUACUGAUCAAUCACUCUGCUAUGACCCUGAUACACACAUACUGUACCUGGCUGGCAAGGUAAUCAAUACUGAUCAAUCACUCUGCUAUGACCGUGAUGCACACAUACUGUACCUGGCUGGCAAGGUAAUCAAUACUGAUCAAUCACUCUGCUAUGACCCUGAUACACACAUACUGUACCUGGCUGGCAAGGUAAUCAAUACUGAUCAAUCACUCUGCUAUGACCCUGAUACACACAUACUGUACCUGGCUGGCAAGGUAAUCAAUACUGAUCAAUCACUCUGCUAUGACCGUGAUGCACACAUACUGUACCUGGCUGGCAAGGUAAUCAAUACUGAUCAAUCACUCUGCUAUGACCCGAUACACACAUACUGUACCUGGCUGGCAAGGUAAUCAAUACUGAUCAAUCACUCUGCUAUGACCCCGAUACACACAUACUGUACCUGGCUGGCAAGGUAAUCAAUACUGAUCAAUCACUCUGCUAUGACCGUGAUGCACACAUACUGUACCUGGCUGGCAAGGUAAUCAAUACUGAUUAAUCACUCUGCUAUGACCCUGAUACACACAUACUGUACCUGGCUGGCAAGGUAAUCAAUACUGAUCAAUCACUCUGCUAUGACCCCGAUACACACAUACUGUACCUGGCUGGCAAGGUAAUCAAUACUGAUCAAUCACUCUGCUAUGACCCCGAUACACACAUACUGUACCUGGCUGGCAAGGUAAUCAAUACUGAUCAAUCACUCUGCUAUGACCGUGAUGCACACAUACUGUACCUGGCUGGCAAGGUAAUCAAUACUGAUCAAUCACUCCGCUAUGACCCUGAUACACACAUACUGUACCUGGCUGGCAAGGUAAUCAAUACUGAUCAAUCACUCUGCUAUGACCCUGAUACACACAUACUGUACCUGGCUGGCAAGGUAAUCAAUACUGAUCAAUCACUCUGCUAUGACCGUGAUGCACACAUACUGUACCUGGCUGGCAAGGUAAUCAAUACUGAUCAAUCACUCUGCUAUGACCGGGGGGGAAUUCAGUCCGGCUUUAAACGUACUCUUGAAAGUUGUAAUAUUAAAAUACACAAGGUGCAAUUUCCAAUUUGGGUCGUGCAUCAGUAUUCCUCUUGUCAUGUCAGUCAUUGCAUACCUUAGAGAGCUAUUUAUAACUUGUCAGAAAGCCCAUAUAUAUUGUUGUAAUGUUUUACACUCAAAUAUCACAUGAAUACACAUUAGAGAUGGCAUAGAAUUGCAAAAAAAAUUGCUUUAAAACUGCAAAAUGUUCUUUGCACCCCAUGACAAAAUGUGUAGAAUUGCAGGAAAUAAGCUUUAAAACCGCAAAAUUCUCUCCACCAACAAGAGCGGUGUGAACAGCUUGUGCCCAUAGAAGUAAACGUGGGAUGUCCCCCCCCCCACCUCCCACCUCCCCGAGUGGAAAAAGUUUGGGAACCACUGAGCAAAAACUAGCAAGUAUUUUUGUUUGGUUACCAAGGCAACUACUGUCGCUAUCUAGUAAACUUGCUAGCUUCUUCAGUGGAUGCUGAACACAUUUCUAGCGGUAAAUGUGUUAAAUUAUAGCCACGGUAUAAACGGGGAUAAUCAAUAUGCGUUCUCUGGAAACUAAUGCAACUGACGUAUGUCAAACAACGGGCACAGCAGAAUGAACGCUGUAUGUUUUCGUUUCUCUAGAGAAGGGGGAGUUAUGUAGCUUCGCUGUAACUCUCUCCUCCUCAGUCCUCCUCUCUCCUCUUCCGACUCUCUCCUACUUCCUCAGGCUGAUGGUUACAUUAGGUUUGUGUGUGUUCCAGGCUGAUGGUUACAUUAGGUUUGUGUGUGUUCCAGGGUGAUGGUUACAUUAGGUUUGUGUGUGUUCCAGGGCGAUGGUUACAUUAGGUUUGUGUGUGUUCCAGGCUGAUGGUUACAUUAGGUUUGUGUGUGUUCCAGGCUGAUGGUAACAUUAGGUUUGUGUGUGUUCCAGGCUGAUGGUUACAUUAGGUUUGUUUGUGUUCCAGGGCGAUGGUUACAUUAGGUUUGUGUGUGUUCCAGGCUGAUGGUUACAUUAGGUUUGUUUGUGUUCCAGGGCGAUGGUUACAUUAGGUUUGUGUGUGUUCCAGGGCGAUGGUUACAUUAGGUUUGUGUGUGUUCCAGGCUGAUUGUUACAUUAGGUUUGUGUGUGUUCCAGGGUGAUGGUUACAUUAGGUUUGUGUGUGUUCCAGGCUGAUGGUUACAUUAGGUUUGUGUGUGUUCCAGGGCGAUGGUAACAUCCGGUAUUAUGAGAUCAGUUCUGAGAAGCCCUACGUUCAGUUCCUCACUGAGUACUACUCCCUACUGCCUCAGAAAGGACUGGGUAAGGACAAACGCACGCACGCACGCACGCACGCACGCACGCACACACACACACACACACACACACACACACACACACACACACACACUACUACUACCUCAGAAAGGACUGGGUAAUGUCUAGAUAGAACAUGGACUGUAUAUGGACAGUAUAUAAGACUGUAUAUGGACUGUAUAUAGACUGUAUAAGAACUAAACAUAUAUCUUUACCCAGUCCAUAAUGGGCUUCUGUACAUUCAUCCGUACUCAAGAUGCAGUCAUAUGUGCAGUGUUUAUGCUGUUUUGGGGAUUCCGAUACAUAAAUAUGUGUUAAAUAUAUACUUAUGAACUGACCUAGUGACUGACCCCUGUACUCACCUCUGACCUUGUGAACUCUGACCUCUCCAGGGGUCAUGCCGAAGCGCGGUCUGGACGUGAGUUCCUGUGAGGUGUUCCGGUUCUACCGCUUGGUGACCAUUAAGGACCUGGUCGAACCGCUCUCCAUGAUCGUCCCUCGCAGGGUAGGAGACACACACACACACCACUCUUCAUGGACAGCGGUUCUACAGUCUUGUGACCAUUUAAGGACCUAUUUCAAUGUAUAUGACUUAAGGCAGCUGUAACAUUGAUGCUUUGGCAAUAUUUACCAAUGUUUGUCAUGCAGAGAGAGAGAGAGAGAGAGAGAGAGAGAGAGAGAGAGAGAGAGAGAGAGAGAGAGAUCACUCAACUGUUUUAUGUCCUCUCUCCAGUCCCCGAAGACCUUCCAGGAAGACAUCUUCCCCAUGACAGCAGGCAACGAGGCGGCCCUGACGGCUCAACAGUGGCUCUCGGGGAUCAAUAGAGGUCAGUGUAACAGGGAGCCAAGAUGGUCGACUAUAGCUCUCAGUUGCAUAUAAAGGCCUGUGUAAUAGGGAAACUGCCCGACCUGUAGGCCCCUUUCCGCAUUCACGUCAUGUCGGGAACUCGUAAAUAAGAUCUUCCUACUGGGAAAAAUGCAGGUGAACACCCCUCUAACUUGUAAUUACGACUAGGAAACUCGGGUAUGAUCUCUGGACCCCGAUCUUUCCAACACGCUGAACUCUGACGUCACGCACCACCGAAAAUGACAACAGACAUGGGCUGUGAUUUCGUCUGUCAGUGGUGAGAAUGGGUCUUUGCUUUCCUUCCGAGCACGUGAACUCUCCAAGUGUUCCUCCAAAAGUAGACAAGUCGUUCCUCCGAUCACUCCGACAUGACGUGAACGCGGCAUAAUUACUUAUUCACUACAGGGAUACUGGACCCAACAUGGGCAACUAUGGCUCUCAGUUGCAUAGAAAGGCCUGUAUAAUAGGGAAACUGGCAGACCAGUAGGCCCCAUCUCUCCACCUUUUUCCUUAUUCGAUAAAGGGACACUGGUGCCAACAUGGCUGACCAGCAGGGAUUACAAAACACAGUUUCUCCCCCUUCAAUCCCCGAACACAAGGCUUCAUCCCAAAAUGGCACCCUAACAGUCUGGUCAAAAAGUAGUGGACUCAAUAGGGAAUAGGGUGUGAUUUGGGACACAGCCUAAACCACUGUUGUAUCCACCACCACCAGGCCCGGUGCUGAUGUGUCUGAAACCUGGCACGAAGGUAGCCAACCCUUACCCAGAGACCCCACCCAGGAGGGGGCUGAGCAGCCUGUGCUUCCAGUGUGGGGUACCAGGAGGGCCAGGGUCCACGGAGCAGGCCUUCCUCCAGGAGCAGCUCUCCUACCAGGACGCCAAGUACCCCAGGGAGGUGGCUGAUCUGUCGGGCUGGCAGCCAGACGAGACCCAGGCUCCCGGUUGGGCCUACACCCACCAGACCCAGGCCGCUAUCACUCCCCACUGCUGUGAGCCCUCAGAGUGCCCUCCACCCAGGACAGAGAGCGAGGUGAGUGGGAUAGGCUGUCAUAGGAAGGCCUACAUCCAGAGCCGGUUUUUGUAGAGUCUGGUUUCAGAGGUGUUUUGACGUUUUGAAGUGUGUGUCUGUGUGU